AUGGCAUGGAUGGUGACUGCAUUGAUGAAGACAAUUCGAACAUUCUGCGAACAUUAUGAACAGGCUUUCGAAGAAAAAUCCCUCGAUUCCUCCAUAAACUUCAGUAAUGUGUCCGAGAAUCGUGUGACAAUGAUUAUUGGAAAAGGACAAAUGGUGUACUGGCAAGGAAGCAAUGUCACUGUUUACGAAGUUGAUGACGAAGGAAAUGAACAAACAAGGAAACUUGUUGGCAUGCCAAAUGGACAAGGCGUCGCUCAGGAUGGUGUCAAACUUUAUAUUACGAAGGGGAAAGUGACAGAAAGCGUUUGA